UAAAAGCACGCUCGUUCGCAGCGUAGCAUUUUACAAAUGGGAGAGACACUGAAUAAUACAAAUAAAAUUAAGUGUUUCAUUAUCCAAGCGUUACGUUAUUUAUGAUUGCGGGAUUGAGGGAACCGAGAGAGAAAUAAAGAAGAAAUAUGGAAAAUAUAAAUACCGCGAUUCUUGCAAUUCCAUUUCACAAUUGAGUCAGAGAGAGGAAUUAUCGGUAACGCUUGUGUCUCUCAUACUGCAUUUAAUAUUAUUAAACAAAGUAAACUUUAAAUGCAAUUAAUAAAACAUAAAUUACAAUAAGUAAUCAAAGGUGCAAUAAUUUUAAUCGAGUGUCGGAGGUGUUAAUAAAUUAUCAGAGUAUCAUAGAAAUAUUUGAUUGACUCUUUUGGCGCGUAACAGAGAUUACAAGAAUGGAUUUCAUUUCUUUGGCAAUAUUGACUCUUUGCAUUAUUGUAAUUUUUGAAAUUCUGUCGACAAUAUAUAAUCAGUAUACUAUUCGACAGAAAUUUAAAGACGUGCCCCAGGUCGAGGGACAUCCAAUUUUUGGCACGACAUUUAAGUUAAUGAAUCUGUCGGACUAUGAGCGUAUGAAAUGGUUUACAAAGUUCAUGUUGAAGAACUGCAAAGAAGGAGCAUUUGUACAAUGGGUUGGAGCUAAGCCUUUUAUUAGUGUGUUUAAACCAGAACAUUUAGAGCAUAUUUUUCCUAGCACCGUAAAUAUCACAAAGGGAUUGCCUUAUAGAAUGCUAGCACCAUGGUUAGGAAACGGACUUCUAACAUCUACAGGUAAACAAUGGUUUCAUGAUAGAAAACUCAUUGGGCCAACGUUCCAUUUCAGCAUAUUAGACCAAUUUGCUGUGGUCCAAUCUGAAAAAGCAGAGAUCCUAACAAAAUGUCUGGAAAAAAAAAUAGAGAAAGAUUCAGGAAAAGCUUUUGACAUUUUCCCAUUCAUUGUCAAUGCUGCUCUUGAUAUUAUCUGUGAAACGGCAAUGGGUGUGGAUAUACGCGCUCAAGAAGUCGAAACCGAAUACACAUCAACAGUACAUCAAGCAUCCAAGUUAGUAAUGCAACGACUUCUUCGACCAUGGUAUUGGAUUGACUGGUUAUACUAUUCAGUGUCUUCAGGAAAGCAGUUUAAAUCAGCAGUACAUAUAUUGCACGGAUUUACGAAACAGGUGAUACGUAAACGAAAAGCUGAACGGAAAUCACAAAACGGCUUUAUAAAAAUUGAAAAUGAGGACAAUGAAUUUAAUAUAGGUAAACGGAAAAGAAAAGCGUUCCUAGAUCUAUUGUUAGAUCAGAAUGAGAAAGACGACGCUCCCUUGACCGAUGAUGAAUUGAGAGCUCAAGUUGACACGUUUAUGUUUGAGGGACACGACACAACUGCAGUUGCGAUAACCUGGACACUCUUUCUUUUGGGCAAUAAUCUCGAGCAUCAGGAAAAAGUUCACGAAGAACUCGAGGAGAUUUUUGGAAAUUCGGAGACACCAGCCAGUGUAAAGGAAAUCACGCAACUAAAGUAUCUCGACAGAGUCAUAAAAGAGACGCUCCGACUAUUUCCUAGUGUACCUAUAAUCUUGAGGAAAUUAACGGAAGAUGUAAAAUUAGAUAAGUAUACUUUUCCGAAAGAUACUGAAGUCAUGUUGUCACUUAUAUUGACACAUCGGAACCCAGAGGUUUGGCCAGAACCCAUGAAGUUCGAUCCGGAUCGUUUUCUUCCGGAAAAUUCGAAGGGUAGGAAUCCGUAUGCCUACGUUCCGUUCAGCGCUGGACCGAGAAAUUGUAUAGGCCAAAGAUUCGCUCAACUCGAAGAGAAAAUCGUGUUGACUGCCAUCCUCAGAAAAUGGAGGGUAAAAAGCGUAAAAACGCUCGACAAUAUAAAAUACGGUGGCUCUCUGAUUUUGCGACCAAGCGAAGAAGUGCUCAUACAUUUUACACCGAAGAAAUGAACAGUUUGCUAGCAAAUAUACGUACGCUUCAUAUAAUGCAAUAUUUAUCAUUUUUUCUCAUUAAUCUUUUCAUAUAUUGUAUACUUUGUAUACUUUCAUAUAUUGUAUUCUAUAUUGUAUACUCGCAUAACGCAUAUAUUUUUGCAUACAUAUGCAUUUCAUCUUGUUUUAAUGUCAUUAUUAUUUUACUUUAUUAUUUACAUUGCUUUUAUGUGACAGUUUUGCUCGAAAGAGUAUAUGUUUGUCUGUGUGCUAUUUAUAUACGAUUUUAGUUGUGCGUAUAUAUAAGCACCCGAGUAUGUAUAAUGUGCGUGUGAAGCUCAUUUGUAUGCUCUUGUUUUUAUGUAUUUAAUUUUGUCAAUCUUAUUGCACUUAAUUUUUGUUACUAGCAGAGGCAUAAGUAUACACGGAAAAAACAAUUGUAUUAUAAUAUCUAAAAGUUUAACUAGAUACAGAUCAGAAAAUAAUUUUAUGUUUGACUAUCAAAAUAAUUAUAUAAAAUGUUCAAGCAGGAUGAUACUGAAAAAAAUGUUGACAGUCUAAUAACUAUCUUAAACGCCCAGUAUACAUUUUUAAAUGAUCCAACGUAAUUAUUUUUCGUGUAGCAGCAACUUGCUAGUGUCUCAAUUGUAUGUAUUUUCACACACUUUCUAAUUCUACUGUUACAAUUGUUUGUUUUCUAAUAUGUUAUUCUUGUAUAUUACAACAAAGAUUGUUAUUAUGUAUUGUAAUAUAUCUAUUAAAAAAAAAUCACAAAAAUCAAAUAAACAUAUCGAUAUUUAUCAGUGUA